AUGGCUACUCUCGGUGUUGUGGCUUCGCCGCCACCAAGAGAUCCCAACUGCGGGGUUGGCAAGACCACUGGACCGAGGCCCAACUUGAAGACGCCGGUGAUUGAGACACCAGUGACCGAGACGCCAGAGAUCGGGACGCCAGAGACCAAGUCUUCAGACAAGCAAGCGAACAGAAAUCCUUUGGCACUUGCGAAGCAUCCAUUCGACAAUGCCAACAAUGACGCGGACGUGAUACUGGAGAGUGCGGAUGGGACAGACUUCUAUGUCCACCGAGCACCCUUGCGCAUUGCGUCGCCUCUCUUGGCCGACAUGUUCUCUUUGCCCCAGCCAACCGCAUCUUCACCCACAUCGACGGACUCUGCUUCUGGCGACACAUACAUACCUCCCGUUAUCUCGGUCGCAGAGAGCGCCGAGAUUCUCGAUCGCCUGCUACGCUUGUGCUAUCCUUGUCGGAGAGAAGCUUUCCCCAGUGUCGCGUCUUUAAGCCCGAUACUCGAUGCCGCGCUGAAGUAUCAGAUGGACGAGGCCACGGAUCUAUUGACAAAGGAAUUGUCGUUCUUCUGUCAGGAUUACUCCUUACAGGUAUUCGCCGAAGCAUGCAAGCACAGUUUAGAAGAGGUUGCGGGUCGAGCUGCUGAGGUAUUCUGUGCGACUACUCCGAAGGCGCAGCCCGGGUCGAACUCAGCUCAAAGGACGUUCUAUUCGACGCAUGACAUCACUGAGUACUCGGAUUGCCUAAACAAUAUCUCGGCUUCGUCAUACUACCAACUGCUGCUGUACCACACAUAUCGAACCGGUUUCACCACUCCCGCGGUUCUGAUCCCCCCGAGGUUCUGUUCAUCCCCAACUUCCGAUCGCACGCCAUCCGCCCGCGGAGAACUUCAGGACCAGGUGUUCCGCCCAUUUGACGAUCCGCAACACGGCGAUACUACCAUCCGCUCCUCUGACGGCGUCGACUUCCAUGUCCAUCGCGACAUACUUGCAUAUGCCUCUCCAGUGCUUCGUCGCAUCCUGUCUGCAGCAACAACAGCGAAAAGUUCAUCACGCGCGCGCACAGUCGACGUCUCGGAGCAUAGCUCUACCUUGAUGGCUCUACUACAGCUAUGUUAUUCCACGGCGGACCCCGCUAUUGGGGCUGGGGCCGAUGCCGUACGCUUGCGCAAUGCCCGCUCGCUCUUCGAAGCGGCCUGCAAAUACGAGGUUGUCAGGGCACAGGAUUUUGCCAAAAGGGUGUGUGUUGCAGCAGCCCAGAAAUACCCUGUUCGACUCUAUUUGCUCGCGUCGCUGUACGGAUGGAAGGAUGUCGUCGAGGGGGCUGCCAUACGUGCGGUAUACGAGCUCUCUGAGCAACACGUCCCAGAGAUGGGCAUGGCGCCCGCGUCUGCGUACCGCCGCCUCCUCGUCUACCGUCAGAAGUGCCGAAACCGAAUCCUCUCUAGAUGGUACAACAGUGUCCAUCAAGCCAGGUAUUGGAGCCAGUGGUCGUGGCUCGAGAAGGCCGGCGAGGCAGAGUUCUGGAUGACGGUUCACAGAAGCGCUCAUGAACAGGCCACUCGUAUGCAGGGCGCUCUGGACAUAGAAUCCAUCUUGCCGUCUUCCACGAUCCAGGAAUUGCCGAAGUUGGAUGCAUCUCUGAAUGCAACAACGCCCCUGGGCCUUCCCCCGCUGCCUCAGCAGAGAAGACGAGCCCCUACGUGUGAGACAGCAGACCAUAUUGAAGAUAGCAGAGGAGCUUGUAAAGGUCAAGCUCUAGUGAGCAGCACUGCGUCAGCAGCGGCGAUCCUUGCUCACUGGCAGCGCCAGCCGCAGGGAGAAACGAGACAUGGCUGCCAGACCCGGUCAUAGUAUGCGUUAUGCUAAUGCCCGAUCGUGCCUCUUGCCAUCAUGUACAGAUGUUUGCCUGAUGUUAUGCGUGGUUACGGCGAAACUGAC